AUGUUGUGCAUUCCUCGCAGGUUCCCCGGUCGGUUCCUGCGCUUCUUCUCCUCUUCUGCGCCGUGUCGCGAGAUCCGUGAUGUCGCUGGGCUGGCUCCGCGGCUGAUUCCCAAAUACCAAGAGUCUCAGGGUGAACUAUUAUCUUUACAAUGGCCCGCACCACCUCGAAAUGUCCUGUUGGUGCGCAAAGACUGCGCCCCAGCAGUAACUGACUCGCUCAUUGAAUUUGCCAAUCACAUCACAUCCACAUAUCCUUCUGUUGCCGUCGUCCUCGAAUCAAAAACCGCCGCUGAAGUCCAUUCGUCUCUUUCAUACCCUGUUUAUACUGCUUCCUUGGAGGACAAGCCUACAGCGUUUCAUGACAAGAUCGACCUCACCGUCACGUUAGGUGGAGAUGGCACAAUCCUACACGCGAGCUCACUGUUUGCGACAUGCUCCAAUGUGCCCCCGGUGCUAUCGUUCAGCAUGGGUACCCUAGGUUUCCUGAGCGAAUGGAAAUUCUCAGAGUUUAAGCGGGCGUUCCGAGAAGUCUACAUGUCGGGAGCUGGAGCUGGAGACCGUACUCCGAUGUUGGAGACAACAAGUGUGCCAGAGAAGCAGGAUACACAAGAUGCACAAGAUGCACAACAAGGACCGACUGGUUGGUCCUCUGUACGGGGCAAGUCCAUGGGCUCAACCCGCGGAGCUCCCAUUUUGAUGCGCAACCGACUUAAGGUCGGACUAUUUACGGGAGACGGCCGGGAGACGACCCCAAUCAGGGGAAAAACCGAUCAGGGCGAAGGGGUAUACGUGAUGAACGAAUUGCUCAUCCAUCGCGGUAAAGAACCACAUCUGGCAGUCGUGGAUAUUUGGGUUGGCGGCCGAUUCCUGACCGAGGCUGUCGUCGACGGAAUUAUCAUCUCCACCCCCACAGGAAGUACGGCCUACAGUCUGAGUAGUGGUGGCAGUAUCGUACAUCCUUUGGUUCCGUCGAUCUUGUUGACUCCGAUCUGUGCGCGCAGUCUCAGUUUCCGACCACUCGUUCUACCCUCCAGCACGCCCAUCACACUCCGACUGAGUGAGAAGAAUCGUGGACGAGAACUGGAAGUCAGUCUCGAUGGGGUCAAUCUAGGUCAAGGGAUGGCCGUCGGCAUGGAAGUCCGAGUGUGGAAUGAGGAGAUGAGGCAUGGGCGGAAUGAAUGGCAGGGGGCGUGCCCAGUGUUAUGCGGAGAAGUAGUGGUGAAGAAGCGCACGAAGGAUGGGUGGGAGCUUCGAGAGGCCUCAGGAGGUCUCGGCGCGCUUUCACUUCUUUCGCGUCCCGAAGUCUCUGGCAAUAUUACAAUGUACACGCCCGAUCAGUUCAUGGAUACGCGGCCAGCUCCCCGCCCCCCUACGGAUCGGCCCCAGUUGACCAUUCCCACCAACAAUCCCAAUGUGGCCACCUCGUUCGGCCAAAUGUCUUUGCAAUCGCCCAGUACCCCAGGCCCGGUCCCCGGCGGCAACCUCUCGCUUUUCCCCAACACCAGCUCUCCAUCGUUGGCCCGGAGCCAGACUGGUGGACAGGGCGGAAUCGGUAUCAUCAAAGAAGGACCCGUGCGCUGCAAGGAAGACAAGUUUUUGGCAACCUGGGGCCAGCGAUAUCUCAUUCUACGUGACUACAAAAUCGAAUUUUUGAAGAGUGAGACGGGUAAGAGCGUCCUGUCUUUCCCGCUGUCAACCGUCACCAAUGUGUCCCGCUCGGAGGAUACCAAGAUGGCCUUUGAGAUUGUGCGUCUGGCCAACCCCAAGGAUGCAGGCUCCAAGGCUGCCAUGCUGUCCCGCGAUGUCGCGACCAAGUCGAUUACUUGUGAGGUAAGAACCGAUGAUGAGAUCUACGACUGGAUCGACAAGAUCUAUGAGCGCUGCCCCGGCAUGGGUGGUGUCAGCAACCCGACCAACUUCAGCCAUCGUGUUCACGUUGGCUUCGAUCCCCAGACCGGCGCUUUCGUGGGCUUGCCUCCAGAAUGGGAAAAACUUUUGACAGCCUCGGCUAUUACCAAGGAGGACUAUAAGAAGAACCCUCAGGCUGUGAUUGAAGUCUUGGAGUUUUACUCCGAUAUCAAGAUGCGCGAGCAGAACCCCCAGUACUACGCCGGCAUGGGUGGUGCGGCUAAUGGACAAGCGAAGCCACUCGGUAGCAACACCGUGGGCAACUCCAUUGCUCCUCCACGCCCUCCCCCGCCUGGGCCUACACAGCGCCUAGACAGUACAGAUAGCUCUAUGCGCUCUGCCAACUCCUCCCCCGGCCAGUCAAGCAAUGAUCCCGCAGCCGCUGAAAAGAUGCGACAGUUGGAAGAGAUGAAGCGAAUGGCUGAGCAGGAACGUCGCCGUGUUGAGGAAGAGCGUCGCAAGGACGACGAAGCAUACAAUGCGACCUUGCCCAAGACCCGGCAACCGUUGGCCAAGCAAGAGAUUGGUGGCUACGGUGGCUCGGAUCCAUCCUCGAACAGCCGUUACCAACCCAGUCGUCCAGCACCGCAAGCCCCUGGAUCUGCAGCGCGCAGCCAAGGGCAAGAUCCUCGUCAGCUUACUGCGCAGCGUCCGGCUCCGGCUCCUCCUGCGCAAAGCCCCUAUGGACAAAGUCAAUCCCGAGCACCCGGUUCUCAACCCCAGAACUCAGGCUCGCCCAGCUCCGCCUAUCCUCCCAACGAUCCUCGUGCUCAGGCUUCCCGUCAACCGAGCAAUGCAUCCAAGACCCAGCAGGCUCAAGGACCUCCUCCCACCCGUCUGCCCGCUCCUGUCCAGGCUGUGAAGCCUCUGAACAUUGCCAACAAGCAGAAUGGAACCAAACAAGGUGUUUCUGAUGGUGUGCGUCAGGCCGAAGCUGCCCUGACCAAGAAGCCCGACCAGCCGCACAAGAAGGAGGUGCGCAUGUCUGCGAUGACUGAGAACGAAGUGAUGGAUCGCCUGCGAUCAGUUGUGUCCAAGGACAACCCGAACGAGUCCUACAGCAAACAGCGGAAGAUUGGCCAGGGUGCCUCCGGAUCCGUCUACGUGGCGCGUGUUAAGGAAGGGGCAACAUCGGGCGUUGCCCGUGAGCUUUACCGCCAAUAUGGCCCUCGCUGCCAGGUAGCCAUCAAGCAGAUGGACUUGCGCAGCCAGCCUCGCAAGGAGUUGAUUGUCAACGAGAUUAUUGUCAUGAAGGACAGCCAGCACGCCAACAUUGUUAACUUCCUCGACUCAUUCUUGCAGGAGUCAAGCAAUGAGCUCUGGGUCGUCAUGGAGUUCAUGGAGGGUGGUGCCUUGACCGAUGUCAUUGAUAACAACCAGGUGAUUUCAGAGAACCAGAUUGCGACGAUUUGCUCCGAGACUUGCAAGGGGCUGGCCCACCUGCACAGCCAAAACAUCAUUCACCGUGAUAUCAAGAGUGACAACGUUUUGCUCGACCGUGUCGGCCACGUCAAGAUCACCGAUUUCGGUUUCUGUGCCAAGCUCACCGAGUCGAAGAACAAGCGUGCCACCAUGGUGGGCACUCCUUACUGGAUGGCACCCGAGGUUGUCAAGCAGAAGGAGUACGGCCCCAAAGUCGACUGCUGGUCGUUGGGUAUCAUGGCCAUUGAGAUGAUUGAAUCCGAGCCACCGUACCUGAACGAAGAGCCCCUGAAGGCGCUGUACCUCAUUGCGACAAACGGAACCCCGCGCCUGAAGAAGCCCGAAAAACUGAGCAAGGAACUCAAGGCUUUCCUGAGCGUGUGUCUCUGCGUGGACGUCCGCAGCCGAGCCACAGCCGACGAACUCCUCGCUCACGAAUUCCUCCAGAUGGGCUGCAGUCUCGCCAGCCUCGCGGAACUGCUGCGGUGGAAGAAGGCCAACGGCCAGUAA